AUGGCAAACCAUGUCCGAUUUGGGUAUGAUCCCAAAACUGACGAUUACAAAGUUGUGAAGCUUACAAGAAUUUUACAACCACCUGGAAUGAUAUGGCAAGUAGAGGUUUAUAGCAUGAAAAAGGGUUCGUGGGAGUUUAUUAUUCAAACGUUUCCAUUGCAUCUCACACAGAUUUCCGAUCUAGAUGAUGAAACUUGUGCAGAUGGCCAUCUUCAUUGGCUCUGUUAUUGUGAUGAUCUGGAGCAGAAGCAAGAAACGAUAGUGGCAUUUGACUUGGGUGUAGAUACAUUCAAUGAGAUCCUUUUCCAAGUUCUAUACUUCAUCACCAAUCACCAUGGAAGUCGCUUUAAUUACUUAGGAGUUUUGGCAGGAAAGCUUUGUGUGAUGUCAUGUGUUGACCAUGGUGAGUGUGAGGUGUGGGUGAUGGAUGAGUAUGGGGUGGCUGAAUCAUGGGUCAAACAAACAUCAUGCGUUUUCCCAGUUUAG